AUGUCAUCAACUAUGAUACAACGGCCAAAAAAAAAACAAUCACGUAUUACGAAAAAAAAACUUGCAGGAAAAAAUCAAAUUCCGAUACAUUUUCGUUUUGGUGGUAAUCGAAAAGAUCCACUCAAUUUAAAUGCACUUAUACAAAAGAAAAAACAAUUAACACGAUCAACAUCAUCAUCAAUGAUCAACAAUGAUCAUACAAACAAUAAUAAUAAUAAUGGUAAUGAUCGACCGGUUGAAAUUUUACUUCAACCUGAUAUUUUUGAUCCUCUUCGUCUUGACACAUCAUCACGUAAUGAUGAAGAUUUAAAUAAUAUUUAUUCUAUUCCAUCAAAUAGUACAAAUGAACAACAAACUAAUAAUUCAAUUAUAUGUCCCAUACGAAAACAACGAUAUGGAAAAAAACGAAGACAUAGUCAACCACCACGAUAUGGAAAUUUUCAAGGUUAUUAUGGUUAUCGACAACCAAAUCAUGAUCAACGUUUUCAAUAUCUUGAACAUAAUUGGUUUCAUAAUAAACAAGUAUUAGAUGUUGGGUGUCAUACAGGUCAUGUGACAUUCUAUGUAGCUGAACAUUUUCAACCUGAUCAAAUUGUUGGUGUUGAUAUUGAUCAACAACUUAUUCAACAAGCUCGACAUCAAUUAUGGAAUCGUAUACAAUCAGCUAAUAAUAAUAAUAAUAAUUCAAAUAUUAAUAAUGAUAAUAAUCAACAUAAGUGCUAUCCAUUUAACCUGCGCUUUCAGCAGGAAAAUUUUGUGCUUGAUAAUGAUGAGGAUUUGGCUAAUAUUAGAGCAGAAUAUGAUACAAUCAUUGCAUUUAGUGUAACAAAAUGGGUACAUUUAAAUUUUGGUGAUGAAGGUCUUAAGCGAUUUUUUAAACGAAUUUAUCGAACAUUAUUGCCAGGUGGAAGAUUAAUACUUGAACCACAACCAUGGUCAAGUUAUCGACUUAAACGUCGAAUGACGAAGGAUAUUACGGAAACAUAUAAUCGCAUAGAAUUUAAACCAACAGAAUUUGUAUCUUAUCUGCUUUCGGCUGAAGUCGGUUUCGAAACAUGCACUACAAUAGCAACACCAAAUCAUCUGCAUAAAGGUUUUCAACGAUCGAUGUUUUCAUUUAUUAAAGCAUCGACUGGUCUUGACAAUUGA